AUGGGAAAUUCUAUCUCUUACACCACCAGAGACUGCCAAGUCGUCAUUCCAAAUCGAGGACAAAUCAAUGGCCUUCAGUUUGAUGACAAGUCACGGAGAUUUGCAAGUAUCCCUUAUGCAAAGCCUCCCAUCGGUGAUCUGAGAUGGAGAAAGCCCCAGCCUUUCCCGGACACCCAUAGGUACUCAUCCUCCGAUGGCGUCCAUCCAUACGAUGCCACAGCGUUUGGCCCCGUGUGUCCUCAACCAAAUUACUCGAAAGUGGUCAGCGAACAUAUCCCAGAACAUUUGUAUGACGAGGACUGCCUUCGACUGAAUAUUUGGACACCGGUUCCUGAUCCCUCCAACCCAAACAAAAAAUGGCCCGUGAUGAUCUGGUUCCACGGUGGGUGGUUCCAGGUUGGAGACCCUAGCCAGGAGGCCAGCAUGGAUCCGACGGAGCUCAUUUCCACUGGCAAUUUGCAAUCUGUCUUUAUUGCGGUGGGGUACAGACUCAACAUUUUUGGCUUCCUGGCUGGCCACGCUCUCCUCGAAGAGUCGAAUGGGGAGUCUACCGGCAACUAUGGACUGUGGGAUCAGCGCCUCGCGAUCGACUGGAUCUAUAAGCACGUUGAGUCAUUCGGAGGAGAUUCCAGCAAUAUUCACUUUGCAGGACGUAGUGCUGGCGCCUAUUCAGUUCUCGCUCAGGCUUUGUAUGAUUUCAGGUCUGCCGGAAGUGAUCACUUCCGAUCUUUAGUCAUGUAUUCCAACGCCAUUCCAACUCAACCAAAAACAACGAAAGAAUGCGAAUCCCAGUUUGAAGAAGUUUGCCGAUACUUUCAAGUACCUUCCUCUUCGAGUGUGGUAGAAAAGUUUCAGUUUUUACGCGGGAUAAGCGCCAAAGAUCUAUGCGCUGGAAUAAUGGACCUCGAGAACCACACGUUUCGUCCAGUGACAGAUGACAUUUUUAUCAAACCUGGAAUCUUCGAAUACUGCAGAGAUGGUUCUUUUGCACAAGAGUUUAAACGACGCAAUCUGCGCCUCUUCAUUGGCGAGGUUCUCAACGAAGAUACCCUAUACGCGGCCACGAAUGGCCCAGAUCCAAACUUCGCGUCCCUCCAACGACAAAUUACAAACUACUACCCUCCUUCAACGACUAUCAGGCUUCUCCAACACUAUCAGCCUCCAAAUUCGGAGAGCAAGGAAGACUGGGCGAAGCUAUUUGGGAAAAUUAUUGCCGAUGGUCAGGUCAGGGCGCCGUCGCGUUAUCUGGUCAAGAUGCUUGCAGACAAUGGCGUUGAUAUGGCAAAUAUCUGGCGCUAUAUGGUUGCCUAUCGACUUUCGUUUAUCACGGAGAAGGUGGCACCGGCUUCCUUUGGAGUCACUCAUGCUAUGGACCGUCCUAUUUGGAACUACUCUCUCAUGCACGGCCCGACUCCUGCGGAACAAAAAUUAAUGUCGGAAUGGAUAAGAGACCUUGUCGCCUUCAUUCGUGGUACAGAGGGGUAUUCAUAUGGAACCUCUUCUCCCGCUGAAUACAAGGUCAUGACCGGGGAAGGAAAUAUUGCUAUUCAGAAAGAUCCCCUCUGGAACGAAUUGAUAGGGGCAAUGGAAUUGUUUUCGGGAUAA